AAAAAAUGUGAAUGUAAAAUAAAAUUCACGAUAUCCUUACAUCCUCGAUCAGUUUAUCAUAAGGUCUAAAAUCCUAUGACCGCCGACUAUUUACACCAUGGCUGAAAAAUUACAUGAAUACCAAGGUGUGACCGGUCGCCUCCAUGGUGCUCGUGACCGCUACAAGGAGAAAUGGUCGAGGUGGAGGGAACAACAUCCUCGAGGAGUCAAGGAUGCGGUGGCCGAGACCCUCUUUGGAAUCCCCAAUUCUGACGAGCCCCCUGAAAGGGUAUGGCAGGAUAGUGCCUACAGCGAUCUGUAUAGGAGGAAGAGUCGUAUCGAAUUGAUGAGAAUAUCAGCGGCUGUUAUGGGCAUAGAGUUUUCUUACGCCGGGGAGACUGCCUUCGUCUCCCCCACUCUGCUGCAGAUAGGGGUGCCCCACCAACAGAUGACCCUUGUUUGGGCACUGUCACCCCUGAUUGGAUUCUUCAUGACCCCGCUAUUGGGGUCACUUAGUGACCGCUGUCGUUCCAAGUUCGGGAGAAGAAGACCUUUUAUUGUGCUCAUGUCCAUUGGAGUAUUUUUAGGUUUAAUUCUAGUGCCUAACGGCGAAGACAUAGGCUAUGCUCUCGGCGAUGAGUUGCCCCUAAACAGGACAGAAGCGCCAUCUGUUUUGGGCCCACGGAGUUCUGCUUUGGACCAAGAACAUAGCAAUUAUCAUCCUUGGGGCGUGUUCUUUACAGUCCUUUGUACCGUGUUCCUGGACUUUGACGCGGACGCCUGCCAGAGCCCAGCCCGAGCCUAUCUUCUUGAUGUGACGGUUCCAGAGGACCAUGCUAAAGGUCUCAGCACAUUCACGGUGAUGGCUGGAUUAGGCGGCUUCAUGGGGUACGCUCUCGGCGGCAUAAACUGGGACGACACCCGAUUAGGUGAACUAUUUGGUGGCCAUGUCCGAGCAGUGUUCUCGCUAAUCACCAUAAUCUUCAUUGCCUGCGUCACUGCUACCAUCACCAGCUUCAAAGAGAUUCCUCUUUCGGAACUGACUGACCAGGAGGAGUUCAGAAAACAAGCGGAGACAGAACGAGCUCAAGAGAGCUUCGAUGAGGGCCCUGAUGGACCAGACAAGAAUCUGAAGAAGGAUAAUGUAACUUAUGGAGCUCUGAAUCAGCCUGAGAGUGGAGCAGCAAUAAACGUGGUGGAAACAGGUCAUCCAAGUGGAAACCUGUCACUAGCCCACUACUUGAAGUCCAUCGUGCUGAUGCCCAGUUCUUUGCGCGUGGUUUGUCUCACAAACCUGUUCUGCUGGAUGGCACAUGUCUGCUACUCACUUUACUUUACUGACUUCGUCGGCGAGGCUGUCUUCGGAGGGAAUCCUGCGGCGCCAGUGGGCAGUAUUUCUCGUUCGGAGUAUGAAGCAGGAGUACGUUUCGGAUGCUGGGGCAUGGCGAUGUACUCACUCUCCUGCGCUUGCUACUCUACUAUCAUCGAGCGACUCAUCAAACGACUUGGAGCAAAACGCGUAUACGUGGGUGGUCUCUGCACGUACAGCUGCGGUAUGAUGGCGCUGUGCCUCAUCAGGGCGAAGGCAGCUGUGUUGCUGUGCAGCUGGACGGCUGGUGUCAUGUACUCCACACUCUUCACAAUGCCUUACCUCCUGGUCGCUCACUAUCACGCUACAGGCAUGUGGGAUAGUGGUGGCGGUGGUUGCGGAGAAGAGCGAGGUAUCGGCACAGAUGUAGCUGUGAUCAGCAGCUGCGUGUUCGUGGCACAACUCCUGGUUUCCUUCAUCAUGGGCUUCGCAGUGAAGGCCAUGGGAUCCACUGCUGCUGUUGUAGCAGUCGCUGCUACAUUAGCUGCUGCAGCUGCUGUCACUGCCACGAAGAUUACUUACUUGGAUCUGUAA